GACCCCCGCUCCCGCCCCGCGCCCUCGGCGCGCAUGUGCAGGCCGCGUCAGUGAUGGAGGAGAGAAGAUGGCGGAAGCGGAGUUUAAGGAGCAUCAUACAAGUAUGGAUAAUGAAGCAAACCCGGGAACAUCAUCCGUGUCUACAGCUCCCAGCAGUACAGCCACCACCACGAUCAGCACUUCCUCCUCGAGGACACCACAACCACAGAUCUCUGUUUAUAGUGGCUCUGACCGACAUGCUGUUCAGGUCAUUCAGCAGGCUUUGCACCGCCCCCCUAGUUCAGCAGCUCAGUACCUCCAGCAGAUGUAUGCGGCCCAGCAGCAGCACCUAAUGCUGCACACGGCAGCUUUGCAGCAGCAGCAUCUGAGCAGCUCCCAACUCCAGAGCCUGGCGGCCGUACAGGCAAGUCUGUCCAGUGGGAGACCAUCUACAUCCCCUACAGGGAGUGUCACACAACAGUCAAGUAUGUCCCAGACAUCUAUCAACCUCUCUACUUCUCCUACUCCUGCACAGUUAAUAAGCCGAUCCCAGGCUUCCAGUACUACCAGCAGCAGUAUUACCCAACAGACUAUGUUACUAGGGAGUACAUCCCCUACCUUAACAGCAAGCCAAGCUCAAAUGUAUCUACGAGCUCAAAUGCUGAUUUUCACACCUGCUACUACUGUGGCUGCUGUACAGUCUGAAAUUCCUGUUGUCUCGUCGUCAUCGUCAUCUUCCUGUCAGUCGGCAGCUACUCAGGUUCAGAAUUUAACGUUAUGCAGCCAGAAGUUGGGUGUAUUAUCUAGUUCGCAGAAUGGCCCACCAAAAAGCAGUAGUCAAGCUCAGUCAUUGACCAUUUGUCAUAACAAAACGACAGUCACCAGUUCCAAAACCAGUCAACGAGAUGCUUCUCCAGAAAGUCAUAAAAAAGGAGAGAGCCCCAGUUUGGAAUCUCGAAGUACAGCUGUUACAAGGACCUCAAGUAUCCAUCAGCUAAUAGCCCCAGCUUCCUAUUCUCCAAUUCAGCCUCAUUCUCUAAUAAAACAUCAGCAGAUUCCUCUUCAUACACCACCUUCCAAGGUGUCCCACCAUCAGCUGAUAUUGCAGCAGCAGCAGCAGCAGCAGCAGCAAGUUCAGCCGCUCAGCCUUCAGAGUCCAAGUCAGGAACCCCCCACCUCCCAACACUGUGUCCCCGUCCAAAGCCAUGGCCUUCCUGCAGCCCCGAGCGGCGCCCAGGCUCAGCAUUGUUCACCCCUUCAGAGUCACCCUCCUCCUCUUACGGUGUCUCCCCCCCAGUCACAGGCGGCACAGCAGUCGGUCGUGGUGUCCCCCCCACCUCCCCAUUCUCCCAGUCCAUCUCCUGCGAUCAUUAUUCAUCCUCAAGCACUUAUUCAACCCCAUCCUCUUGUGUCCUCUGCUCUCCAGCCAGGGCCAAGCUUGCAGCAGCCCCCUACUAAUCAGGUACAGCCAGCCGCCCAGCCACUGAAUCUUCCAUCUCAUCUCCCACUUCCAGCUUCCCCUGUUAUGCACUUGGGGGCCGUCCAGCAGUCCUCCUUGGUGUCCCCGGGGCCGCAGAUUGUCUCUCCCACAGCACACCAGCCGUACCCCGCACUGCAGUCUCCUCCGAUCCCCCUCACCACCACCCCCCAGCUGUCGACAUCUCCUCCAGCCCAGGUCCCAGCACUGCCCCUGCAGUCUGUGCAGUCUUUGCAAGUGCAGCCUGAAAUUCUGUCCCAGGGCCAGGUCUUGGUGCAGAACGCUUUGGUGUCUGAAGAGGAGCUUCCCGCGGCAGAAGCUUUGGUCCAGCUGCCCUUUCAGACUCUUCCCCCGCCACAGACUGUUGCGGUCAACCUGCAAGUGCAGCCUCCUGCCCCUGUUGAGCCGCCAGUGGGAAUGCAUUUGAACCAGUGUCAUCUACACAAAGUUUUUUCUCUUAAGGUUUAUCAAGUAGAAGAUGUGUGUGAGGAAGAAAUGCCUGAAGAAUCAGAUGAAUGUGUCCGCAUGGAUAGAACCCCACCACCACCUACUCUGUCUCCAGCAGCUAUAACUGUGGGUAGAGGAGAGGAUUUAUCUUCUGAACAUCCUUUGUUAGACCAAGUGGAGCUCCCUGCAGUGGCGUCAGUCAGCGCGUCAGUCAUCAAGUCUCCCACAGACCCUCCCCAUGCCUCCGUGCCCCCUCCUCCACUUCUGCUCCCGGCUGCUGCCACGAGGAGUAACAGCACCUCUCUGCCCAGCACCAUUCCCAGUGCAGAAAACAGACCUCCGCAGGCCAUCGUGAAGCCGCAGAUCUUGACCCAUGUUAUUGAGGGCUUUGUGAUUCAAGAAGGUUUGGAGCCAUUUCCUGUGAGCCGUUCAUCUUUAUUAGUUGAACAGCCUAUGAAAAAAAGGCCCCUUUUGGAUGGCCCAGUCAUGAGUGGCGUGUGUGUGCAAACUGAGCUUCAGAACAACACAAAGCAUGCUGAUAAUUCAUCAGACACUGAGAUGGAGGAUGCGGCUGCUGAAGAGGGAUUAGAGGAAAUGGACAGUGAAUUGCUCAAGUGUGAAUUUUGUGGGAAGAUGGGAUAUGCUAAUGAGUUCCUACGUUCAAAACGAUUCUGCACUAUGUCAUGUGCCAAAAGGUACAAUGUUAGCUGUUCUAAGAAGUUUGCACUUAGCCGUUGGAAUCGGAAACCUGAUAAUCAGAGCGUUGGGCACAGUGGCCGUCGUCCCAGUGGCCCUGACGGGGUGACACGAGAACACUUUCCUAGGCAGCUUCCCAUUACUUAUCCAUCUGCAGAAGAAGGCUUGGCUCCUCACGAAGAGCCUGUGCCCACUGCUAUGACCACUCGCUUGCGGAGGCAGAGUGAGAGGGAGAGAGAGCGUGAGCUCCGGGAGGGCCGCCUUCGGAAGGGGCCCGACAGCAGUGACCUGCUCCCCGCGGCGCAGACAGAGCCGUCGGUGUGGACGGUGGAUGAAGUGUGGGCCUUUAUCCAUUCUCUGCCGGGUUGCCAAGAUAUUGCAGAUGAAUUCAGAGCACAGGAAAUUGAUGGACAAGCUCUUCUCUUAUUAAAAGAGGACCACCUUAUGAGUGCAAUGAAUAUCAAGCUAGGCCCUGCCUUGAAAAUCUGUGCACGGAUCAAUUCACUGAAAGAAUCCUAACAAGAAUGUGAGGUUUUUGAGAUGACAUUUUUACUUUUCUAAAUUUGUAAACUAAUGUCUACUCAACAGGUUGCUGUUUACCACAGUGUUGGGCAAAACACACUGAACUCUCUCACAGCAUUCAUACCCUCUCCUCCAGAUCCAGGAACCUAUCAAGGCUUCCAAGAAGCCAAAAUUUCUGAAAGAAAUAUUGUAGGUUGCUAAAGUGCAGAUACCCCUGAAGGUAUGGUAAGCUAGAGGAUGAUGGAAGAAAUCUGCACUGACACACUCUGCUCUAAUAUAGAAUGUGUUGGGGAAGAGGCUUGUGACAUGGAUAUUCAUCUCUUUUAAGGUAAUUGAAUGAUGUAAGUAGGUCUCUGAGGUCUUAAUCUGAAGACCUACUUCAGAUUCCCCUCAUGCUUAAUUUGGAAUAUAUGCCUCAAGGGAAAGUUUCAGGUUAUAGAAGAGCAUGUCAGCAGAGAUAACAGAAAUAUCAACAGUGACAUCAUAGAACAUCCAUUCUAAGUUUUCCAGACUUGCUAUACAUCUCCUUGAGAGGGCUCUUAUUUUGCAGAGGAUCGUUGUCUUGAUAGGGACUACAAAUCAGGAGAUGUGAUCUCUGUUCUUAACUUCACCAUUGACAUACUGUGUGACUGUGAAAAAUCACUUUUCUCUGCUGUUUUUCUAAACAAAUGGAGUUAUGAUGUUUGCCCCCAACUAAAGGGAUGUUUUAUAAACAUAGGAAAGAUAAGAUGUAGAAUGUGUUUUAAAUUGUUCAGAAAGAAAGCUGCCAACUGAAUUCAAGAUGGUAAUGUUAGGUAUGUAAUGUAAGCUCUGUCUAGUAUUUCUGCAGAUUUUAUGUAUAAUAGAAAAAUAGAAAUUUCCCAUUCUGUUCUGUAAAAUAUAGGUGUACUGACAGGGCGGUGUUAACAACAGCCAGACCACACCAGACCCCAUGCAUCUCUUUAAGAUUCAUGUGCUUUUGGGCAUCAAGGAAGGCUAAAGGCACAACAUCCUUUUGACCUGCUGCCCAUAAACAGCCAGGCAAGGAGGAGGAGCAGGGGAGGCUUCUCUGACUGCUUUUGGGGUGUUUGUAGUGGAGCAACAUGUUGGUCUUGGGAAGAAUGGAACUUCUCCUUUUCCUUUAGUAGUGGACAUAGCAUUUGUCAGAGGAGAGUACUGGAUGUUCCUGACUUUUCAUCAAAGUGCUGUGAACUGCUCUUGGGUGCCAUGAAGGUAAAAUGUAUUUUAAAAAUUUAAAUGACCCAGUUCAGAAAUUAUGAGUUGUGCAGUGUGACAGAAAGCAUUGUAGAUUCUGUGGAAUAACAACAGCUAGCAUUUAUAUAAGAAAAUAAGAAGUAAGCACAUAUAUACACACUCCCUUCAACAUCCAGUUUUGAAAAUAGAGAAAUUUUUAAAAAUCACAAUCACAUGACACUUGGGGGGGGAGGGGGAGUACCAUUUAUUGAUCUUCAUAUUCUUCCUCAUUGUGAGGAAACAGCCCUCAUUGCCUGUGACGAACUUAUAUGGCUCUUUUAAAGAUUACAUGCAGGCAAUCUGGCAAAUGUUCUCUUGAGUAGAGAGAAUGAAUCCAAGGAUUUCAGUUGGUUCCAUUACUCUUUUCAGAAAGAUUACUUUAAGCUAGUAUAAGACUAAAGAUAUCACAGAUAUUUAUCUUUUGGCUUUGUGUACUUUAGAGGUUAUUUUUAUACAAAAAUAUAGAGGGUAAUUUUUUUAAUCUUUUGGAUGUUCUUGUUCGAAUGAAUGAUUUGCAGGGAUUCUUUUGUGUUGUAGUGUUUCCAAAAAAAGAAACACUUAUUGAUAGUUACCUUUAUCUAAGAAUAUCAAGGCUCACCUUCAAGGCUUAUAGUAGCUUAUAAUAGAUGGAAAAGUUUUUUGUCUUACCAAACCUUUAAUUAGUAGAUGAAACAUUGAAGGAAAGCAUCUGUGUAUUCUCAUUAUACUUAGUGGUAAGGAACAACAGCCCAGAAAACUUAAAGACUCCUGAAAAGUUGUAUAUUGGGCUUUGAAAUGCCUCCUCUCCUCAUUGCUUCCUUCUCCUUUGCCAGCCUCUGCUCUCUGAGGUUUGCGUCCUCAUCAUUCCCUGAGUGUGCAGAGCAGUGGAGAGAAGAGAUGGAUGAGGAGAGGGGGGUCCUUGGUGUCAGAAAAACACUGAGCCGGGAUUUCAGGUUUACCACUGGUGAUGCAGACACCAACAGAAGACUGACUACUUUCUACCAUAUUUCGUUAUCUUCUGUUCCUUCUUGAAAUGAUUUGGGCAUCAGCUGAUUAGUAACUCGGUAUUAGUUAAUUGAGAUUUAAUCUCGUAACAAAGGAAAACACUUCUUGGGACAUAUUGUUAACCAGUGUUGAAAUGGGAAAGUGUUUAAGCUGUGUAAUGCUGCUGAUCAUUCUGUGACAAGGCGUUUUCUUCAGUAAUCGAGUAUUAUCCACUGGCCACACUCAGCACUAUUUACCUAUUUACUCAGCACUUUGCUUCAAGUAUACCUAAGCUAUUCAGUGCCUCUCACAAAUCUUUCCUUUUUUCACAAAACAAAACUCUUUAAACAAACUUUAUUGAAAAUUGGCUCAUUUGCUUUCAACAAACAUUGUUUCUUCCUGAAUGAAUUAGCCAUUGUUAACUUCCAUAAUUUUGGAUCUACAUAAUGUAUGGAAAAGCAAACAAACAAAAGAUACUUUACCUGCUUCCAUUUAUAAUGUUUGUAACCAUCUAAAUCUGAAUUGGCUGUGUAGGUAACUUAAUUUUAUAUUGUCUUAAAGUACUGUUGUCUCUGGAUUUUUAAUGGUUCAGGUGAGCACCAAAUUCUUUCAAUUUGUCUCUCUCCCCCCAAAAGUAAUGUGAGCUCUUGCCUGAUUUUUAAGCUGUGAAUUAUUUUUGAGGAAGAAAUGAUAUAUAAGGAGAGAACAUUCAUUUAAAUAUCUAUUUCUUCUACAAAAUGAAUUCAAUUUACAUUUAAGAUGUGUAUAGGCAGAUCUCCUAUGAGGCAUGGGGUAUGUGUGGUGCAGCAUGAGGCAGAGCACCAUUCUGAAAUGUUUUUAGGGCUGCCAGUCUGCCGUCGUCAUCAGAUGGUGUUUUUACAUGGGCCUGGCCCCAGUUCCUCUCAGAAUGGUAGGCGAUUUCUAGGAUCAGGGGUCUUAGAGAUGAACUGGUGAAAAAACGGAGAAUCAGAAAGGCAGAGAAGACAAAGGGGUGAGUUUGGACUGGUUGUUUGGCCACUAUCACGUGCACAAAGGUAUGUGGAUCAAACUCCUUCGCUGUAAAAUUGAAUAGUUGUGUGGCACCUGUUUCUUAAAUGCAAAGGGGAUUUGUUCAACUAUACCCUGUUCAUUUUCAGCUUCUCAUAGAUUGAAACAGAUGAACAUCUUGAAAAGUGUCGUUGCAAGUACACACUUGAACAGUUCUUGACAUAUCAAUUCUCUGAAACCAUUAUAGUCUCCUAUUCCAAAACAUGUCUUAGGAUGAAAUCUGAUACUAUGCACUCUCUCUUAUUUAGUGAAAUAAAGCAAAAAUACAGCAACAUAAAGGUAAUUAUGGUGGAGGAACUGAUAGAUGCUUACAUAGUUACAAGUCAGUUGUAGAUAGAUUGCAGCAUCUUCCUAAAAUCAUAUCUAGCUCAUGAAAUGACAAGAUGAAUGAACUUGUUUUUUGCUGCUUAAAAAGGACCUGGGGGACCAGAAACGGUCCGUGAGCACUUAGGAGCUAUUGGUAGGGCUUUUCUCACACAGGCUUUAGUGAGUAAUUUAGGACUGGUGAUUUGUGAGAACAAAUCUGUUCUGGCCACCAUCAUUGAGUUCAUGCAAUGGACUGAGAGGUUCUCACUCAGCUGUCAUAGUCGGGAAAUUUAUUUCCUACCAUCCUCUGUGUAAAACCCCUAAAGAGAGGAUUUUAUGAAAAAAAAAAAAAAAAUUCAGAAGUUAGUGACUGGUUGCCUCUGCUUAAGUAUUUGGGCAAAAUGUAUACUAGCCCCCCUUUAUGCAAACUCUUUGCUCAUUGUAUUUCUUACACCCUUUGUGUGUGUGUACUUAGGCACUGAGGGGCCCUUCUGAUUCAAAAACUAGAGUACAGUGCACAGGAUUCUAGAUUUAAAGUGGGAGAUCACCUCGACACAGCCCCUCUUCCAGGAAUCAGCUGCAGUCAACAGAUACUUUUAAUCGCAAGUACUUCAGGGAUCUCUUUAAGCUGUGUGCUGCCUCCACUGGGCACAUUGUGAUGCCAUGCCCUCAUCACUGUUGGCCUCACCUCUCCAAACUUGGGCAGGCCUCAAGGUUUUAUAUACACUCACCUGUCCUCCAAGCUUUUGGACUUGAUGGGAACUGUCAAAUGUGGGUCCCAGUCCAUCUCCAUGCCUGUGAGGCUUCAGAGUAGGAACUAAGAGACAACAAUGCAGAGAUUCCUAAAGCGGAAACGUGUCCAACGCUUGAGAGACUAAUUUUUAAUUAGUGUCAAUGUGUCAAACUUAGGGCAUCUCAUAUGAAGGGAAGAGCUUUCAGCUUCUAGAAUGGGAUUUUUGAUGCUAAGCUGUGGCUCUAUCUGUGAAAUGAGGGGCUAAAAAAGUCUGAAUUUUUUCUCUGUUUUGCUAAACAACUCUUGAUUUUUCAGAGUAAAACCUAUUAAAUUCAAGAAGUGUAGUCAGACUUGUGGCACUUAAUGAUACAAGUAUUUGGCAAACAUUUGCCUUUGAGUUCCUCUUCAUAAAUAUGAUUUUGAAAGAUCAGUUAACACAUGGUAUUGUAGACCUAUUAAAAUUUAGCCCAACUACUGAAAAAUGUCCAGGUCAUAGUGAUCUUCCCCUUCCCCUGAAUGAGUAGGUCUCUAAUAAAAUUAGGUCCCAGCUUUCCCCAGGCCUGCCUAAUUUGCUGCUUUGAGGCACUUUGUGCAGUCAAUUUGGUCUUAGUUGCAUUCUCUCAUGUCGUUCAAGUUUUUUAUUAAUGGUUUUUGAAUGACUUUUAAAAUAGUCAACCUAUCCUAGAAGAAAUAAAUUUGUGAACUCUUGUUUUGUCCUUCCAAGGCUUUGAAACCUACAAAUCCUCUUUUCUCUCCAGCUCCAUUCUUCCCCUCCUUAAUGCACUUUUUUUUCUUAACCAUUAAGCCCUGUUUCCUUUCUAAAAAUGCCUUUUUUGUGUUUGGAUAUUGAGCAAAAUCUACUUUCACAUGAAGGCAGAUAUUUGUGGAAUAAUUUUGUUUGUAGAGUUUAACUGCCUCUUAUCUCCUAAAAGAUAAUGACAUUGCAGUGAUUAACUUAGGCUAAAAGAAGGCACAGAAUGGAAUUCUGACUAGGGGCUUUUACUUUAGAAUAACAAUUUCCUUUAUUCUAAUUUUUUAAAAAAUACCUUUCAAAAAUAUGGACUCAUAUUUUUACAGGGAUUGGUACAUGGUUUCUGUAAGUAGAGCCAUAAGUGUCUGUGCAGGAGAAUUUAAAAUGGUAAAAAAAAAGUAGCGGGCUAGAAAGUAACAGGCUAAAAACAACUUUAAAUUUUUAAAAAUAGAUUAAAGGUCAAAUGGAGUUUAAAUGUAUAGCAUUAUAUGGGUAUCACAUACUUUUAAACUGUUUCUAAACAUGUGUAUGUAUGUGUGCGUAUGCACACACGUAUUUACUUGCAGUGUAUUUAGGUUCAUAAUAACCUCAUAUUGAUGAUUUAAGUAAUCAUCAUAGAGGUUAAUGUAUAUGCAAUAUGGUUUAGAGUUUAUUGGUUUAAAAACUAAAACAAUUUAAGUUCAAGGGCUUUUUACUAAGAUGUAAACAUGAAAAUUGGAGUUAAUUUCAUACAUCAGAAGGAAGAAUAUUUCAGCUUGUCUUGUGUUAAGGAAAUUAGUGUCCACUUAUAAUUGAUUAGCAGCCCUUAAUUCUUUCUUUUUAAAUAUUUUUUGCUGCUUUAAAUUGUAGCCAAAUAAUUUCUUUAAAUUUAUUUAUGCUGGUAACAAUGAUGAAUGGGAAGUCUUAGACUGGGUAUCUGGGUAUAGGUCAUAAAAUGGCAUUUUAUAUAAAUUGUUUCCAUUCUAUUUCUUUCUUAAUUUUUUUUGGGGGGCGGGGAGCAGGAGGAUCUAUCCAUGUUUUAGAUUAAAUAAGUUUGUGAGAUCAUUUUUCUAAACACCAUUGAUAUUUUGAGUUGAAUAAUGCACGUGCAUUGCCAUGAGCAUAUCGUUUAUCAUGGGAGAUGAUGAUUUACCUGCAUUUGCUCUGUAGGGAAAGAAAAGGGUUUAAGAAGAAUAAGAAAUCUGUGAUUUCUAGGAGCCUUAAGGUGAGAUAGGUUUGAGAACUAUGUGAAGAUAAAUGGAAGGACCUUGGCAUGUUCAUCAACCAGUGGCCCUUCACCUGCCAGAUGGACUUUGUGCGUCAAGAAGAAAAAGUCAGAAUUUAGGUAAAUGGUUUUUAUAAUUGGAGUGAUAAUGUCCUUGUGAGAAUUUCUCAUUGUUUUCUGUGCUUGUUUUUCCUACUUCCACUCCAUUAUUGUUUCUCUAUUAGCUCAUCUUUUUAGUCCAGUAAUUGGUAUUUUCAGGCUUUGUUAGUCUCAGUUUUGGUCUGUUGUCUCUACCUGAGGUUUUUUUUGCUUUGUCUUUUUAUUUUUUUGCAACAUCAUACAGUUCUGUUCUCCCAUAGGGCAUUGGGUGCCUCUUUUUAACAUAGUACCAUUUGUGAGUUUCUUGCCGAUUUUAACGCCUCCAUUUAUUAUUUGAAUGUGGAGUGAUCCAUUUCAACAUCUAGAAAUAUUUCUGCAUUGCUUCUUUCAUCAUUAUCUUUUUGGUGAACUUUAAUUUUAUUUUGAGAUUUAUUCUUUCUCAAAUUUAUAUUAAUUUUGAGGACUCUAGUGAGAAACUUGACUUUCCCACAGCCUGUCACUCUGCCAUCUUCUAACAGUAUGUUUUUUAAAAGUGUUAGGCAGCAAUGCAAAUGGGGCCUUUCUUUGUCAUAUCUUAGUUGCAUUUUCCCUAUAUGGAUUUAACAUUUCAAAUAUGGUCCUGUGGGCUUCCCCAUUAGGAGGAGCCUGUGCAAGCUGCCCUAAUGAGUGGGCCAUGGGGUGGGUGGGAAUCCUUGCCAAAUAUCCAGCAGGGCGAUAGUGUCUGCUAGUGUGAGAUGGUGAUGGAAGUGAAAUGCAGGCACUCCAACCAUGAUGUGGGUACUCUUCAGAGGCUGAGGGAGGGCUGGCAGAUGUGAUGGAGCUCGUCUUGUGUUACUGUUCAAGGUUCAACUUUCGACUUAUGUGAUAUGACAAAAUCAAGUUACAAAAUCUAAAGGGUUGAAUUUGAGAAACAAAAUUUAAUGAAAAGUAUUCACUUUUCAGGUAGGAUCAUUUUUAACAUUUCAUCCUGGGCUACAAGUUCUGCUAUAGGGACACUCAUUUUGGUAUAAAAGCUUCAUGCCAAGUGUACUUUUAAAAAUAAUUGUGUGCUUCAUUCCUGAUAUUAAGUCUCUGGCAACUCUCGCCAGUCUUAAAAAUCAUUUCAAAGGCUUUAAACAGGUUGUUUGGGGUUUUUACCUAGUCAAGAAAAAGUAUGAAACUGUACUGGAACAUUGAAAGUUAUUUUGAAGUGCCCAGGUUUUUUUGGUAUAUGUAGUUUUUUUUUUUUUUUUUUUUUUUUUUUAAUUACCUUGUAGAAGAUCCCUUCCAGGAAUCAGGAAGCAUAGGAGAAUCACCUGUCAAAAUCAGCCAGCCAAACUCUAGGGCUUUAGAGUCUGAGCUUCUCAUUCUCUUCCCCUUCUCUUCUUCCUCUCUGGAAAAGGCUGAGUCUAUCAAAAUUUGUAUUAUACUAGAAUUUAAGCUACAUUUAUUGAAAGUAUAAGAAACUAACCCAAGUUUUAUGGGAUACCUUUUGCUUUUUUUUUUUUUUUUUUUGCCCUUGGUAUGAAUAUGAAAUUAUCUUUAAAAGCUUCACUUUAUACAUUUAUGGAUUCUUCAUCUGUAAAUUUAUACUAUCUAUUGCUGAUGUACCAGAAUAUACUGGAUGAGAUCAUUUUCAUAUUUUCAGCCAUCAUCUGCUAAAUUGAGUAGAUACAGCAUAGGAUUUAAAAUGUCUGAUUUGCAGCAAUAAGAAUUAGGGUUAGACUCAAGAUUUUCAAACUCCUUGUAUUUUCUUUCCAAGGAAAAAAAAAUCCUUUCCUGUAAAGUGAGGUUCAUUAUUAUUGAAGUUGGUAUAAAGGAUGGACACAGAUGGUGGUGCCAAACAUUUCAAGAUUCAAACAGUAUAUUGCCUCAUUCUGUUCAAUCAACACUUUUUACAACUCCAUUUAAAGCUCUUUUCAAGGAAGCUUCCAACCACAUUCUGAGCUUGUUCCUCCCCUGGGUUCCUCCCCUUGUUCUAAAAUAGGAUUCUUGUAAAAGCCUCAUAGUGGGGUUGUGUGAUUCACCAAGGAUGAGCAAAGCAUCGUGAGGUGUAAAAUUAUCUAUCGAAAGAAAACAUUUCAAGAUAUUUGCAAAAAAGCAAAUGUUGCAAUUUAUAUAUAGGUGUAUUCUUUACCAUGUAUUGUAUCAGAAUAUUCUUUGCCAGGAAAUGAAACAAUAGUUUUAGCAUUGACUAGAAUAAUUAGGUUAGUGUCUAUAGCUCAACUUUUAAAAUGUAUAGCCUGAAAAUGAAGUUAAAAUAAUUUUACAGUAUAAGAGCACACCAUGAUCUAUGUAAAACAGAUUAUGUCCAUUUGAUGUAUUUUUUUAAAAAAAAAAAGGAAAAAAAGCACUUUCAUAUUAACAAGUAGCAUGUGAAUGAACUUUAGAGUUUCAUAUUUGUUGUGGAUUGUAGCAAAAGUGAAGUAAAAAUUUAGCAUUCAUAUGUCUGUUGGUGGCAACAACUAUUGAAUUGAAGCACCUUAUACUCUGCUGCUUAAACUUGCUUGUAAUUGCACCUUUUGGUACCUGCACAUUUUCAUAUAGAACAUUAUCGUAACAUUUCCUCACAUGGGUUUGGGUAGAAAUUUAGUGGGCCUACAAAGUCUCUUAUUUAUAUUGUUUAUAUUGCAAUAAUAUAUUGUAGACCAGUUGUUAAGUUCAUUGCUUCAGAAAUAAACGCUUCUUCCCAUUUG